CGAGGGCUCGCCGUCCGCGGCCGCCCUCCCGUGCCCGAAGCGCCGGAAGGUCUCGCCAGCGGGGCCCGGCGAGGCGGAGCCGUGCGCUGCGGGGACGUGGGGCGGCUCUGUGGGGGGCCAGCCCGUGGGCCUCGGCGUCCAGCAGGGCGCAGACGCGAUCGCGCUGGCGCACGCGGUGCGCUGCCGCAGCCUGGCCGACGUCGAGGCCCUGCUGGACGCCUGGCCGCCGACGGGGCCCCGCGUGAGCCAGGUGGUCGACAGCCGCGGCCUGAACCUGGCCUUCUGGGCGGCGGCGCGGCGGGGCGGCGGCGCGGCGGGGCGCGAGGUGUGCAGGCUGCUCGUGGAGAGGCACGGCGUGCACCCCGCGUACAUCGACCCCGCAUCGCGGACACCCCUCUUCCGGGGGGGGUGACGCGUGCACCGCCGCCUACCUCCUGGAGGCGAAGUGCUCCCCGGACCACCGCGACGCGGAGGGGCGGACUGCGCUGUUCCUGGCGGCGCGGCUGGGGGACCCCGCCUGCGCGAGGUGCCUGCUGGACGCUGGGGCGCAGGUGGACUGCGAGGACGCCGAGGGCUGCACCGCCCUGCGCGAGGCGGCGGCCUCGGGCUCCGUGGGCG